AAUGUAAGUGGUGAUAGGGGUGGCACUUUGCCUUCUCAUACUUAUAUUCUGGCAACGCACACACACAAGACGUACGCUAAACUCUGUUUCUCUCUCUAGAAAUCUCUCUUCUGAAGGGAGAGAGGGAGGCUGUAUCUAUCUGUAUGUAUAGUUCUCUGCCUAUAUGUUAAGUCAAACGGCGGUGUUUCCUCUGUCAUUUUGCCGGCUGAGACCCCAAGUUCUCUCUUUUUUAAGAACAUUUGAAAUCUUUCCGAUACUGUAUCGUUUCUCAACACAACUGGAGCAGAACUAAGUGGGGAGGAAAAUUUUGCAGUCUUUUGUGGAUUAAUAAACGGAAGAGGUACGAAUAGAUUCUUCAGUUUGUGCCCGCCUAGUUAAUGUUCGCUUCACAAUUACUAAGAAUUCUCCAGACCAUCCCGAGUGAUGUGAAGCAUGAGACCAGUGUCUAUGACCCAGCUGAACAAGACAUGACCAUGAAGGAAAAUCUGGAUGCAACAUGUUACAAUUCUAAAAGGUUUGGAAGAGACGCUGAUCCCCUGGUUGUUGGAAGUAAAGAAACAUACCAUUUAAAUGGUUCCACAGACACCCAUCCUUUAGAGUUUGAGGUAAAAGGUAAGGAUGAGUGUUGGGACCCUAAAUUUUUGGAUGACUUUUCCAUGGAUAAUGAACAUGGAACUAAGGCUUCUCCAGAGAGAGACGAUCAAAAUGCACUAUUGGAUCAUUUGACUCUGGACGAGGAUGCUGAUUCAUCAUCUUCUGAUGGAAAUGAUAAAGACAAAGUACAUAGUAGUCCAGAGCAUGACUAUUCAAUGACAGUUGAAGAGAUUGCGCAUACCAGUGAAUAUGAAUCUACAGAUUAUAGGUCUCCAUAUAUUGGUGCUUCAGAUUUGUUCACGACAGAUACUAACUGGAAUGCUGAUAAGAAUGCAUCAAAAUGUGAACGGACAGAGGUAACCGUUUGCUACAAAGAGAUUAGUUAUCAUGUUGUGAAGGAAAUAUGCAUAGAUGAGCGGAUGCCCGUGAAAGGAAAUCUUUUGAUUGAAAGUAAUAUGGAUGAUAAGCCUGGACAUUCUUUUCGCCAACCUCUUAAUGAUGAUGCCCAUUGCGAUACCAUGGAAGGGGAUGUUGAUAUGGAAAGUUUUGUAUCAGAUGAAUUGGCAGCUUCAUCAUUGGAAAGUGCUGAGGAUGUUACCACUAAUGAGCAUGGCAACAAAGAAGAGAGCAAUGGACAAUUACUUGCUCAAGAAAGGCCAAACUCACGAUUCGAAAGCUCUUCUGACAAGGAUACUGCUGAGCAUUGUGGUCUGGAGGAUUCACAGUGGAAAGGUGAAACAAACACUGAUGCAACUGGCGAGACUGUGACUGAUGCUUCAGAAGAGGACUCUUUCAUAGAUAGUAAACUUCCAAUUCAAGAAUUUGGCACACGGAGUUUUCUCAGAUCUUUUCUCAACUCUUUAGAUGGUGAAAGCAAUAAAGUUGCACAACUGCCAGAUGAGAAGAUUUCUUCCUCAAAAGCAGUUGGCGAGGCUGCACCACCAGCAGCAGGGCCAAAGGAAGAUUUGCAAGCAAGCAUAUUGUACUACAAUAGUGAAGUGGAAAAUGGAAGCAUUACUUUCAAUUUCAACUCCCUGGCACCGGUGGUAGCUGGUGUUACAAAUGGGAGAACUGACGUCUUCAAGGAACAAUCUUUUGAUUCUGGAGACUGUCUCAAGGACGCGAAUUUGGACACAAGCAUGGGGAAGGUCCAUGAACUAUCCCCUGCCAUCAAGCACGGGUUUCCCAAUGAUAUUUCUGCCACUAGCCACGCUCACUCUGCUAGCAGCAAGGACAUCAGCAACAAAGAUGUUCACGAUCAUUCCCCUGACCACAGGGAAAAAGAUUUGGACGGACUGUCUACUGAUAGUCAACUUCCGUUUGCCAUAAAUUCCAGCAAAAGUGAUGGUCAAGCAGUUGAGUCGCAUGUUUUGGAACACGAGCAUAAGGACUUUGGUAAUAGUUCAGUUGUCGGCCAUGGGAAAUAUGAACAAGAAGAGUCGAGUUUCUCUGCAGCUGGUCUUAUAACUUUCUCAGGGCCAAUAGUGUAUUCUGGAAGCCUCUCUGUCCGCUCUGAUGGUAGUGCAGCUAGCGGCAGAUCUUUUGCCUUUCCAAUAUUACAAUCUGAAUGGAAUAGCAGUCCGGUGAGAAUGGGAAAAGCAGAUGGGACACAUUUUCGGAAACACAAGGGUUGGAGAUCAAGCAUUCUUUGCUGUAGAUUCUGAAGGCUUUCACUUCAUACUAGGUUGUUAGUGCGCAUAUACAAGGUCGAAGUAUAAGUUUAAAGAUUGAGUAUUGUAAUUAUACAAGUUGAUGUUUCACAGGCUUGUUCUGCUAUCACUUCUUAGAGUGAUACUCAGCUCUGAUCUCAACUCAUGCACCUCUAGGUUACAACAUAUAAUUAUUCGCUAACCGAACUGCGGAUUUAGAUACAUUAACAUUUCCCUUAUUGGAGAACACUAAGGACUUUAAUAA